AUGUGGCGGCCGUGGGCUAAAUCAACGGUUAAGAUUCACGACACCUCGUCUUCUCCUUUCUCUUUCUCCACUUUCAAGGAUAUUCAAAACCUUUGCACAGAGGAUCAUCCCUCCAGUCCCAUAAAAAAAUCCUCCUCCAUUUUCCACCGGGUCCGGGUCGCCAACACCUUCCUCCGCUCCCUCUCAUUAUCCUUACCCGAACCAGAACACGAUGUCUCUCCGACUCAUGACAAAACGGCAACACCACCGAUCCAAGAACAACCUUCUAUUACAAUCCCGGGUGCAGACAAACGAGUUGUCGUCUACUUCACAAGCCUACGUGUGGUCCGUUCAACAUUCGAAGACUGCAAGACCGUCCAAUCUAUCCUGCGUGGAUUUCGCGUUUUAAUCGACGAACGAGAUCUCUCAAUAGACGGGAGUUUUUUACACGAGUUAAAUCAGAUCUUUUCGAACGGUGGUGAUUGUGGUCUGAAGCUGACGUUGCCACGUGUUUUUAUCGGAGGGAGAUACGUGGGUGGGGCCGAAGAAAUCAGACAGCUUAACGAAACAGGUGAGCUCAAGAAAUUUAUAGAAGGGUUGCCUGUAGUGGAUUCUGGUGUUUGUGACGUGUGUGGUGGUUAUAGGUUUAUUUUAUGUGGUCAAUGUAGUGGGAGUCAUAAGUUGUAUAUAGAGAAAGCUGGGUUUAAAUCUUGCACGGCAUGUAAUGUGAAUGGUUUAAUCAGGUGCCCUUCUUGUGCUGUCUAA